AUAUAAUAUAUAAGAAAAACUAUUGGUACAUUAGUUUAAAUAAUUAAUAGUUUGGAUAUAAAGUAAAUAUGGUGUGUAUAAAUGUCUGAUGUAAACAUUCACAGAGAUACAACAGGGUCACGUGAACAUUUCCUUUAGGACAGGUAGUGAGUUAAGCAGGUGAUUAGUGGGCGGGGCUUAGCUGUUAAAAACGACACAGGACCUACACUGAAACGCGAUAAUAUCGACGAUUCUUGUGAUUCAGUGUGAAUGGGAGGCUUUAACUGAACGGGAAAACAGUUAAAUGUAGAUGAAAGAAAUUAGAGAAUGUAAAUAUAAUUGAAUUAUUUCCUUAGUUUAAGCUAAACCACUACACAUUUAGGACAAGAGCACACUAUUGGGCCCAUUUCAUUUUCUAUUAGCAAUGGCUGCUUUCAACACCUUUCUAAUUGAAGAGCAGUUGCAGUGUUCUGUCUGUCUGGACAUAUUCACUAAGCCUGUUUCUACACCAUGUGGACACAACUUCUGCAUGGUUUGUCUCAACAAAUACUGGGACAACAGUCAAAGGUGCACCUGUCCAUUGUGUAAGAAAGAAUACAGCAAAAGGCCACAACUUUGUGUUAAUACGUUCGUAUCUAAUCUGGCCGCUGAGUUUAAAGAGUCAUUAAAGGUAAAAUCUAGCAGUCACACAAAGGAACCUCCUGCUGCACAGGGACAUGUGCCAUGUGAUGUCUGUACUGACCAAACCCAGAUGGCUUUAACGUCCUGUCUGGAUUGUGGUAUGUCAUUCUGUGCUACACAUCUGGAGCAUCAUAAAAUUUCUGUGAAACUUAAGCAACAUAAAUUAAUUGAUGCUGUAAAGAACCUGGAGAUCUACAUAUGCCAGAGGCACCAGAGACCUCUGGAGUUGUUCUGUAGGGAUGAUGAGAAGUGUGUGUGUCUGUUCUGCACUGAGGGAGAACAUAAGAGCCACAACACCAUUUCUUUAGUGGAGGAGAGUGCAGAGAAAAAGAUUAAGUUGCAGAAAACACAGGCAGAGGUUCAGGUGAUGAUACAAGACAGACUAAAAAAGAUUGACGAAAUAAACCACUCUUUAGACCUCAAAAAAAAAAAUAUAGAUGAGGAGAAAGAGGACAGCACUGACCUCUUCAGGUGUCUCAUGAGCUCCAGCAAAAGAAUGCAGGCUGAUCUGCUUAUGGUGUUGGAGAAGAAACAGAAAGGGUUAGAAAGCCAAGCUGAAGAGCUUGUUCAGCGACUAAAACAGGAAAUUACUGAGUUGAAAAGAAGUGACACUGAACUGGAGGAGCUCUUAGAUUCUGAAGACCACCUUCACUUCCUCCAGGCUUGCUUAACAAUGUCCACCCCUUCAUAUACCAAUAACCUGGAUAAAAUGAAAAUUAACAGCAGUCUGAUUGUGGAGGAUAUGAUGAAAGAUUUGCUUGAUCUUCAACAAUCUGUCAGUAGUACAGCUAUGAAGAUGUCUGAGCUAACAAACCUGGAUUAUCAAAGAGAAGAGAUAAAAAAGCUGUUGAAUACUCCAUUACAAAAAGGUGACACAUGGUACCUUGUUGACAGCAAGUGGUUCAACAUGUGGAAGAAAUAUGUGGGAUUUGAUAGCAGUAACAUGGCCAGUUUGGGAGACCAGAUGUUUUACCCUGGACGAAUAGAUAACUCGCGACUCUUAAAAGAUUCACUCUCUAUCAGGGGGCAUCUACUUGAACAUCUGGACUACAUCCUUCUGCCUAAAGAGGUAUGGGGUAAACUGCUAAGCUGGUAUGGACUGUCUGAGCACCAGAAGCCUAUUGCACGAAAAGUGGUUGAGGAAGGCUUGUUUGCGAAGUCCUAUAAGGUGGAGGUCUUCUUUACUGAACUGAUAUUAUGUGAAUUCAGCAACAUGGACAAAGGCAUAAGUCGGCACUUUAGCAAAGUAGAAACAGUAUCGCGUAUUGAAAAGGAAAUGCGCAAAAUCUUCAAUAUUCCUGAUGGGAAGGAAACCAGGUUGUGGAAUAUGUAUUUGAGUAAUCUGUUUAAGCCUCUGGACUGCCCUAGCAAAAGCAUUCAGGAGGCUGGUCUCUGCCAAAAACAAACAGUUCUUAUAGAACAGAGAAAUGAAGAUGGAACAUGGCCACAACCUGCAGAUCCUCCACGAAUGCUUUAUAGGGCAUAUCAAUACUGAAAUCCACAUAUAUAUAUAUAUAUAUAUAUCUCCCAUUCCAGGUUGACUUCCCUUUUGCUGUUGCAAUAGAUUUUGAAGUGUUGAUGUGGGGAUUAGAUAGGCACAGGCUCCCCGUGACCCGAGGUAGUUCAGAUAAGCGGUAGAAGAUGAAUGAAUGAAUGUGGGGAUUUGUGUAGUUGGGUGAUGAGGCCUGGGAUACAAUCAGGGUUCCAGUUCAUUCCAAAGGUGUUCAGUAGGGUUGAGGAUGGGGGGUCUGUGCAGGACACUCGAUCUUCCAUUCCUAUUUUGGCAAACCAUCAGUGUGUCCACAAACCUUUAGCCAUAUACUGUAUAUACAACACAUAACAAGUAUGAAAAUAUUUGAUGCAUAGCUUGCAUAAUUGAGAUGAUUAUCACACUGUUUAUUAUCAUUAUUAUUUAGCAUUUAUGUUCUUUGCACUAUAGGGGAUAUAUUCUAUUGUUACUGAAAAUAUCAUUGGCAUCAUUAAGGAUGCUUACUUAUUUGUUAAUCAAAGUGACACAAUCGUGGAUUUUUUGAGCUCUUGUUUUAGAAGGGUUUUAGUAUGUGCUAGAUACUCACUCUCUGGUUGUUAUGUCAUGUCAUGUGAUGCUGAGAGCUGUCUGGAUGGGACUCACUAAAGGACCAAAUUGGGAGGAAAAAGGUUCAAAGUCACAAAGAAGGUAAUAAAAAGUGAAAUGAUCAAAUUGAUGCCUUCAGAGUUUGACUAGCUGGAACUGUGUAGAUCAUUGUUUG